AUGGCUGAAGCUCCGGAGAAAAUCUCCAUCACCAUUUGCGGGGAUGGUGGAUGCGGAAAAUCUUCCAUGACUCUGCGACUGGUACGCAGCCAGUGGGUGCAUGAGUACGACCCUACAAUCGAGGACUCGUAUUCCGUGACACGUACCAUCGACGGCCUCCCUUACUUUCUCUGCAUCACCGACACCGCCGGCCAGGAAGAAUACCGUGGGUUAUGGGCUGCAUCCAACCUCAAAUCGGACGCCUUCCUGCUCGUCUACGAUAUCACAAACGAACUCAGUUUGAGCGCAUUGGACUACUUUAUGGAAAUGAUCCAUAUGGAGGCAGAUCAGCGGGAAGAGGAUAACUAUCGUUUGCGGAAGGAGUUGGGUGCCAGUGCUCAGAGUGUCGAUGUCGGGAUGCCGCCCCCAAUAAUCAUGUUGGCCGGUAACAAGUGUGACUUGAAGGAGAAUCGUGUCAUUAGGUCAAAAGAAGGGUUGGAGUAUGCGCGCAAGCAUGGCUGUGGAUUCAUGGAGACGAGUGCUAGGGAGAUGGUCAAUAUUGAGGAAACUUUUGCUCGUGAGUAUACUGCAUGA